ACAUAUAGCAGUGUUAACUGUGUAAGUCUAAGCCCAAGAACUUUCUCUCUCUAUCUCUGUGUCCAAAGCUAAAAAGCCUCUAAGCACAGUAUAGCUUCUCAGUACUAUGGCUGGCAAAAGGAGAAGAAAGCUCAAAUCGUUAGCGGAAACAAUCAGCGGGAAUAAAAGAAUUGCAACAAAGGAAAAGAGAGAAAAAUUGGAGCUGCAGACUUGGUCUGACCUUCCUACAGAACUUCUGGAAGUGAUUGUGUCCCGUCUAACCCUAGAGGACAAUGUGCGUGCCUCUGUUGUUUGCAAAAGAUGGCACUCAGUUGCAAUUUCUGUCCGUGUAGUAAAUCAAUCACCAUGGCUUAUGUACUUCCCAAAAUAUGGUAACUUGUAUGAAUUCUAUGACCCUUCACUACGCAAGACCCAUUCUAUCGAGUUACCUGAGUUGAAUGGGACCAGGGUUUGUUACACUAAAGAUGGUUGGUUAUUGCUGUAUAGACCUAGAUCCCAUCGAAUGUUCUUCUUUAACCCCUUUAGUCAUGAAGUGAUUAAACUGCCAAGGUUUGAGUUGACUUAUCAGAUUGUUGCCUUCUCUUGUGCACCAACAUCUAGCAACUGUAUGCUAUUUACAGUUAAGCAUGUCAGUCCCACAAUCGUUGCUAUUAGCACCUGUCAUCCUGGGGCAACAGAGUGGGUUACUGUUAAUUACCCAAAUCGCUUGCCCUUUGUUAGUAGUAUUUGGAAUAAGCUUGUUUUCUGCAAUGGACUGUUUUAUUGUUUGAGUCUCACUGGUUGGCUAGGGGUGUUUGACCCACUGGAACAUACUUGGAGUGUCCUUUCUGUGCCUCCACCCAAAUGCCCCGAUAAUUUUUUCGCCAAAAAUUGGUGGAAGGGCAAGUUUAUGGCUGAGCAUAAAGGAGAAAUUUUAGUUAUUUACACUUGUUCUAGUGAAAACCCCAUUAUUUUUAAGCUGGACCGGACAAAAAUGAUAUGGGAAGAAAUGAAAGCCCUUGAUGGUGUCACACUUUUUGCGAGUUUCUUGUCCUCUCAUUCCAGAACUGACCUUUCUGGACUAAUGAGAAACAGUGUCUAUUUCCCUAAAGUCCGUUUCUAUGGAAAGCGUUGCAUAUCAUACUCUCUUGACAAUUGUAGAUACUAUCCACGGAAGCAGUGUCAUGACUGGGGAGAACAAGAUCCUUUUGAAAACAUCUGGAUUGAACCACCCCAAGGCUUCUUGAGCUUCACUGAAGAAAUCUAGUUUCUCAAAAUUUUCAAGAAAAGGUAUGAUUUGAGGGUUGUCUCUGAGGUUGCAAGGAAGUUUGUUUGUUUACAAGCAAAAUUUUUCCAUCUUAAACCGCAGAUUGGAUUCAAGGAGCAUGCCCAAAGGCUGCCUGGAAAUUAGCAUGAUUAGAAGUACAAGUGCAUCAUUAAUGACAGAUCAGAAACAAUUAUUCAUGUAAAUGUUGCAAGCUCCGAGAUUAGUCAGAUUAGCAAUUGAAAAUGACUUGUGUGUUGGGAUGGCACCGGUUAUAAUCCAACAUGAUUCAAUCUGUAUAUUGUUCUUGAGUCUUGGCCAUGGAAUUCUAUUGAAUUAGGUUUUCAACACGAUAUUGAACCA